GCAAGGUCUACCGAAGCAUCUGCCUGUGUGUCUGCCUGCCUGACCGUCUAACAGGCUUUAUUGUUCACCAGUGCUGAAAGUGAAGGAAACUCGCUUUUUAAGGAUAUAACAAAGGAAAUUUUUUUUUUAGGUUGAACCAUGUCUUCCAGCUCAGCAACGUUACGCAUUCUCAUAAAGGGAGGUAAAGUGGUGAACGAUGACUUCACACAAGAAGCAGAUGUGUACAUCGAGAACGGCAUUAUCCAGCAAGUGGGAAAGGAGCUGAUGAUCCCAGGUGGGGCCAAGGUUAUCGAUGCCACAGGAAAGCUGGUGCUUCCGGGUGGCAUUGACACCAGUGUUCACCUGAACGAGAGCUUCAUGAACGCCAGCACCGCGGAUGAUUUCUACAGCGGCACCAAGGCUGCUCUGGCUGGAGGCACCACUAUGGUGAUUGGUCAUGUGUUGCCAGAAAAGAACGAAUCAUUGCUGGACGCUUAUGAAAAGUGCCUCUCUCACGCUGAUGCCAAGGCCUGCUGUGACUACGCUCUUCAUAUGGGAGUGACCUGGUGGGGACCAACGGUUAGGGCUCAAAUGGAGACACUGGUGCGGGACAGAGGGGUGAACUCCUUCCAGAUGUUCAUGGCAUAUAAGGACCACCCCUUUAAGAUAUUAGUCACAUUACCACUCUCUCUCCAGCUCCUAGUCUUUCCUCUGGAAGCAGAGGCCAUCCACCGAGCCAUUACCAUCGCUAACAGAGCCCACUGUCCCAUAUAUCUUGUGAAUGUGUCCAGCAUGUCAGCAGGGGAUGUUUUAGCAUCCGCUAAAAUGCAGGGGAAAGUGGUGCAUGGAGAGACCACCACUGCUCAUGCUGUCUUAAACGGGCUGCAGUACUACCACCAGGACUGGGCCCACGCAGCUGCUUUCGUCACUGUGCCACCACUCAGACUCGACCCCAACACACCCAAUUACCUGCUCAGCCUUCUGGGAAAUGACACUCUGAACGUCGUGACAUCGGACCACCGACCAUUCACCACUAAACAGAAGGCGAUGGGCAAAGACGACUUCACGAAAAUCCCUCACGGUGUUCCUGGGGUGCAGGACCGCAUGAGCGUUAUUUGGGAGCGGGGAGUGGUCGGAGGCAAGAUGGAUGAGAAUCGGUUUGUUGCUGUCACAAGCUCCAAUGCUGCAAAGAUCUACAACCUUUACCCCAGGAAGGGCAGGAUCAUCCCUGGAGCCGAUGCUGAUGUGGUCGUCUGGGAUCCAGAAUCAACAAGGACCAUCUCUGUGACCACUCAAUGGCAGGGUGGAGAUGUAAAUCUGUACGAGAACCUACGCUGUCACGGCGUCCCGCUGGUAACCAUCAGCCGUGGUCGCGUGGUCUAUGAAAAUGGCAUCUUCACCUGUGCUGAGGGCUCAGGAAAGUUCUACCCUCUCCGAACCUUCCCAGACUACCUGUACAAGAAAAUGGUCCAGAGAGAGAAGUGUCAAGCACUCAAGGGGGUGGAGCGUGCGCCCUACACUGGAGACGUAGCCGCAGUGCAGAAUUCAGGGAAGAAGGAAGUGGGCCCUUCAGAUGGGGACAUGAACCCACGACCCUGCACACGCCACGGGGGAGUGAGAGACCUACAUGAGUCCAGCUUUAGUUUGUCUGGUGCCCAAAUUGAUGAUAAUGUUCCAAAGAGAGCUUCCGCAAGGAUUCUAGCGCCACCUGGUGGUCGUUCAAGUGGUAUCUGGUAACAUUUCGGAUCAACACUUUCAGAAGUCUGAAACUACAGUAAACACCUACAUUUUUGACAACCUCACAUCUGAUG